GAUUCACAUAAAUGAGGAAAAGCCAUUGAAUUCAACCAACGAACCACCAAUGGUCGAUACCAACCACCAGGGAGAAGAAGAAGCCGACGACUCAGGACUCUACUCCGGCUGGGCCGAGUUGACUCACGAGUGCCUCCUCAACAUCCUUACCCGUCUCACUUUUGAGGAUCGAUGGCGAGGUGCCAUGCUUGUCUGCAAGUCAUGGCUUCAGGCCUCCAUGGAUUCUUCUCUUCACUCCGUCUUCGACCUAGAAUCGACUUUCCAUUCGCGUCCCAGUGAAUCAGUUCGCUGGUGGACUCCCCAAUUCGAGAGGAAAGUCGAUAACAUGCUCCGAUCUGUCGUCAAUUGGAGCGAUGGAGGUCUCACUCAGAUUAGGGUUAGGCACUGCUCUGAUCGAUCGCUUUCUCUCGUUGCUCAAAGGUGCCCUAAUCUUGAAGUAUUGUCGAUCAAGAGCUGCCCAAAUGUUACCGAUGAAUCCAUGGUAAACCUAGCAUCUGGGUGCCCUAAACUUAGGGAACUUGACAUAAGCUAUUGCUAUGAAAUAUCUCAUGAAUCUCUAGUCAUGUUGGGAAGAAAAUGCACCAAAAUCGUAACCCUGAAGCGUAACCUGAUGAAUUGGUUGGAUCCUUCACAACACAUAGGAAUCGUACCCACUGACUACUUAAACGCAUGCCCCCAAGAUGGGGACUCCGAAGUUGCUGCAAUUGGACACUUCAUGCCUCAAUUGCUUCACCUUGAGCUUCGAUUCUCUAAGUUAUCAGCCAAAGGCCUUGCUUUGGUUUCUGAAGGGUGUAAGAACCUCGAGUACUUGGAUUUAUCUGGUUGUGUUAACGUCACUAGCCGUGAUAUUGCAAAUGCUGCAUCGAAUUUGACCAAAUUGAAGAACAUUAAGAAGCCGAACUUCUAUAUUCCCAGGUCAGUCUUCCAUACUGAAAGAUAUGGCCAUUGGAGGUUGUAUGAUGAGCGAUUUCAAACAGAUGCCUUCCGUAUUUGAUUUCACAACGAGAGGUAAUGGAAUGGAUUUGUUGCCCGUAUUCCGAAGAAGUUGCAAAAUGUUCAUCUCUUUGAUUGUCUGCAUAUAGUUUGCAUGCCUUUUUUUCUAAUGAAUUGUGUUGUGAUAUAGCUUGUUGUAUCAAGAACAUCAUCCUCUUGUCUAUGUACUUGGUAUAUCUAAUGGAUUGGUGGAUUUUUACUUUCAUUGUAAA